CUUGGUGCGCUUUCGCCUCCUAGUCUUCUGUGACUGUGGGCCACACUGUUACAUUCGGGCUGCCUGCCCCACAAUAUGUGAUCCUCAUGUGAGAAGCAACCUCUCAGGAGAGCAUAGGUGCAGCUGCUGUGACCACACCACACACUAGGAAGAAACUCAAGUAAUUAGGAUCUUUCAACUCACACAAAAGAUGUGCAUUGGUUUGCACUUUAAAUGAUGAACGGCAAUAUUUUACCAUUUUUUAAGGUUUCCUGCUUUUAGCACUCCCCGCUGUUUCUCACAAUAGCUUGUUUACCCUAUGCAAUGGCAAGCAAGAAGGAACCUCCAUUUUUCAAUGAAGAUAACAUUGGAUCUUUUCCCAGCAAGUUAACUUUUUAUGAGACGAUGGAGCUAUUCAUUGAAACUCUUACUGGCACAUGUUUUGAGCUCCGUGUGUCACCCUAUGAGACUGUGACUUCUGUAAAAUCCAAAAUACAAAGACUGGAAGGCAUUCCUGUUGCCCAGCAGCACUUAAUUUGGAACAACAUGGAAUUAGAGGAUGAAUGUAGCUUAAGUGAUUACAACAUUUCUGAAGGAUGCACAUUGAAAAUGGUAUUGGCUAUGAGAGGCGGUCCAAUUAAUACACGCAGAGUGCCGCUUGAAGACCCAAUCAGGGAAAUAGCAGAAUACAUGGAUCCUAUAAGGGAGGAUUUAUGUGAAAAGGGCCCUUCCAACAAACAAGUCACCUUUUUAGUCUACCGAGAAGGAGAGCAGUUAAAUUUUUUUCGUGUUGUAGACAAAGGGGAUGACACGUUGACUCCUCUGUCUGAAUCCCUCAGUGGACGCUCGGUAUAUAAUUUGUACGCAGAAGAUGAUGAUGAAGAGGGUUUUCCAUCUGGCCAACACAUUAUAGAGAAUGCAAUCACUAUGAACAAAAUGAAGUUACUGAAAUCUAAGAUGGAGAAUAUGAAUCUCAAUAAAAAGCCUAAGAAAAUGGCAAAAUUAAAACCAAGGCCCCCAGUGGUCCCACGUCCAACAAGUGGUUUCAUGUCAUCAUCUCGUCACCGGCUUUUAAGGGUCCUUCCCCACAUCGGACAGUCUUACCUACCUCCUGGAAAUCCACUUUCCUCUGAAUCUUCACAUACUGCACUUUCUGCUAUUGCUGCUGCUAGGACAAUGCCCUCGGUUACUGGAGAUUAUCUACAUAAAGAGGCCAAAUGGGAAACUCCUGAAGUGCUUCCUUCCCUUAACAGUGUUCACUUACCACCCACACUUUCCCAUGUUGAACUGGAAAAUCCCAGAUAUAAUAAAAAUAAAGUUCUUCCUCCUGUUGCACAUUUAAAGAAAAAAGACAUCCUGGCAAUGGAUGAUGACUCCAUGUUUCAUCAGAAUAUGGACUUGAUGUCUAAUGAAGAAAGUUCCAUGCCAGUUACAGAUUCCUUUGAUUUUCUAACUGAUGUAAGACCCGUAGAACCUUAUAGGAAUUUUUGUACCAUAGGACAGGUAAAGCCUGAAUUCAAAUUGACAGAGGAAAGUAAAGAGCCUUCGGCUAUUGAGACUUCACAUAAACCUGUGUCAAAAGCUUUGAAUCCUGAAGCAAUGGAUACUGGAUUUAUUAACACUGGUGAUUGCAGUCCCGCACCAAGCAAACUUCUUACACCAGUCCAUUUCCCUUCACAAAUAUCUUAUUCACCCUUACCCAGUCUACAGUGUCAGCCCAAAUGCUUUGAGAUUGGAAACUUGAGAACACCUACUUCUCAAAAUCUGUUUCGUUCAGUUGAAGUCCGUAACAUAGCGGAUCAUUCAUUUUCAAGAACUGCUAGGUUAAGAGGAGGAAAAGUUGAUUCUCCCGGAAAACAGUCAGAGGUAAUAUCUAAGAUGGAAGCUAGGGACAUCACUGAGUUGGCUAAUAGGGCUUCUAAAGAGCCUGUAGGCUCUGUAAACCAUUUCCGAUUUUUUGGUUCUUUGACGCAAUGUACAAGUAGAGACAAUAUGCAGAGCUCCACUGCAACAGAAAGGCCUUCUAAAGUGACUGUUCCUCUAUCAAAUGGCCUUCACUACUUUCAGGAAGAAAGCUUUAAGAAAAUGCCACCCUCAAGUGACACUGCAGAAUUAUUUGCUUCUCCACUUGGUCACGGAGAGACAGAGAGUCAUCGAACCAACGGAAAAGGCCUUGUAGAAGCAACACAUUUUUUUGCUCCUGUUAAAUCAACUUUUCGAAACAAGAAGAAAACAACUAAGCACUGUUUUGUCUGUGGGAAGAAAACUGGAUUGGCAACAAGCUUUGAGUGCAGGUGUGGAAACAACUUUUGUGCCGCCCAUCGCUAUGCAGAAACCCAUGACUGCACUUAUGACUACAAGACAGUGGGAAGAAGGCUACUACAGGUAGCAAAUCCUGUCAUCGGUGCUCCUAAACUUCCAAAAAUCUAGUGUGCACACUGCUUGGUCUGUACUUAUAACAUAAGAAUUGCUAAUCAUGCAUCACUUUUUUCUGUGUUCCCAAAUUAAGGAUUAAGCAACUGGCACCUGUUCUUUUUUUUAAAUAAACAAUGUGAACUUUGCUUAUCUGGUUGCAGUUAUAUAAUUUUAAUAUUUAAAUUGAAAAAUAGUGGUUUUAAAAUGUUUUCACUUGCUGAUUUACCUUUGUUAUUCCAGAUCUUGUGUUACAUGUUUUAUAUUGGAGAGUAUGUUGUUUCACUAGACAAUUCUUACAAAAGAUGCACUUUACUGAAUAAUUAUUACUGUAUAAUCGGAGGCAACGGGGGGAAAAAAGGGUCAUGUAUUCCUGUUGUGUUUCUGUAUUGUCUUUCCGUUUAAAUUAUUUCUGUAAUACUUCUGGCACAGCGCUGUAGGCUGAACAGCAAGCAAAAAGAUUACAAUACCAACUGUGUCUUAGUAUGUCUGUUCUUUUUUAAACCGACCUUUAUACAUGUCACAAAUGUAUUUCUUAAAAUAUUGAUUGCUGUAAAAAUAUCUAAUAAAUAUUGUCUUUUACAAUUAA